GAAGGUGACGCGCUCUGCAGCCUCUAUUCCACUGUCUGUGCGCGCUCCGGCACCGCUGCCGCACAGCAAUCAGGUGGUAGCUCAACUUGAAGCGAGCGGGCUCUGCGGGAGAAUAUGUGUCGACAAUGGAGAGAAAACGGCAAAUGGUGUCGAUGAGCAGCCCGCACACAGAGACCGGACCAGAUUCGCCGCGAUGAGCACCCCCUUUCCAAAAUCUGAUUCCACGACCUCCUUACUGAAAUCGUCUUCGGCCGCGAGGAGACCGACACACCUCCCCGAGCACACGGCAGAAAGCCGGAGAAGUCAGCACCACCAUCAGCACCACCAUCAGCAUCACAACCAGCGUCCCGCCGCGCUUCUGAGCAGCAGCACCAAAGCCGAGGAAUCCUUCUGGUCGGCCGAGUGCGACGUCAGUGCCCGGAGACCCCUGUGCCAUCCCUCCCUUGUCGGCAGCCAGGACAGUAGUAAUAAUGCAGCCACUCGGGGCAAGUGCAAGUCACAUGCUCCUCACAGCCAAGUUUCCGCUCCGACGGAGCCGAACGGAGAUGCAGGCCGAGGUGUGAGGGAGCGCUCCAGGACAUCAAAACACCGUCACCACCACCGCAGGAAGCACAACCGAGAGGAGCGUCCGGCAGCAGCGGGGCCGGACGAACCCGAGCAUCCCCGUCGCUGUCACACGCACUCCCGCCCGGUCCCCAGGGUGCCCUCUCUGUCGGACAGCAAUGACGACAGGGUUCCCCUCUGCGAGCCGAGGGACCUCAACGGGGCCAGUGCGGCCAACAGCGGCGGUCAAGUCAGCAGUCCAUCCCCGUCCUCUUACUCCCUGGUCCCGCUGUCCAGCAGGUCUUCUCGUCGCUCUCGGAGGUCCAGCGCUGCUUCUUGUGCAUCAGAUAUUAAUUUACGCACCAUCCUCAAUUCACUCUUUGGGCAGGACAGAGAGCUGAGGCCAGAAGAGAUGGAUGAGCUCCGAGAUGCUUUCAAAGAGUUUGACAAAGACAAGGACGGUUUCAUCAGCUGCAAAGAUCUCGGAAACUGCAUGAGGACCAUGGGAUACAUGCCAACUGAAAUGGAGCUGAUAGAACUAAGCCAACAGAUCAACAUGAACUUGGGAGGUCAUGUUGAUUUUGAGGAUUUUGUAGAGCUGAUGGGCCCAAAACUCCUCGCCGAAACUGCGGACAUGAUUGGAAUAAAGGAGCUAAAAGACGCAUUUAGGGAGUUCGACACUAAUGGAGAUGGUGCCAUAAGCACGUCGGAGCUCAGAGAUGCAAUGAGAAAACUGUUGGGACAACAAGUUGGUCUGAAGGAAGUAGAAGACAUCCUAAGGGAUGUGGACUUGAAUGGGGACGGACUUGUUGACUUUGAAGAGUUUGUACGGAUGAUGUCUCGCUGAGAUCAUUAAAAUGAUCGGUCCUGAAUGUGAAGCUACAUCCUUCUCUACACUAGACUAACUACAACAAGACGACAUACUGAGAACUUCUGAGCCAUCCAACUCUGAAUGACACUGGAAAUAAAACUCCUUUGAAUGUUACGGAGUGAAGGCGUCACCUCACGCUUUCAGUCAAUAAGUGUUCUUCCUGAAAAGUCUCCAGUUCAACUGAGGCAGAAUUCGCUGUAGCCUAGCUGAUGAUUACCUAAUUUAUGUUUUGGGUUGUUUUGGUUUUUUUGCACUUUAAUUAACACUAAUAACUUCCUCUGUGGAUAAAUCGCUGGUGUCUUAGUCUUUACGUGGUCUAAUUACGCGUCUCACAAAAUGUCACCUUUGAUGUACAACGGCGUCAGAAUGAGAGGCCGAAUGUUUGUAGAAAAGACGUUAAAGGUCACUGUACUGUUGAAAAUUCCACUAUAUAUUCACCCAGUAUGUGUUAUAUUAGAAACUGUAACCAGAACGACCUUUGUGUGACAUUGGUGCUCCACCAAGGAAACCAUGUGGUGGCAAUAUCCUAACUGUGUAUCCUAACUGUGUGACCAUCUGUGGUUUUUCACUGUGCCGGUUAAAGUCUGAUAAAAUGCACCACUGUGUGACAUGCAGUUCAGUAGACUGAUGAUAAUGAGCUGCUGAAUAUAAAUACUUUUCAUGUAUGUUAUUCACUUGUCUGGGAUGAAGGGCAGAUGAAAUAUUUAUAGAAGAACAAGAUGCACAGCUUUUAAAUCCGUAGAGCCAAACUGACACUAUCCUGCCAAUGUCAAGAUUGUUUUUCUCUUUUAAGAAACACAUUGCCCUGUCUGGGAUUACACAGUAGAAAUAACGUAUGUGAAGCGUAUUUACAGUGGAUGUGACAACGUUGUAAAUGUACUGUCUGUCGGUGUCUCAAUGAUUGUAUUUGUGGUAAUGCUCCACACGUCAGUGCUGUCAAAAGAAAAUUCUAUGCAUGCCAAAGACAUUUAUUACAUUCAGUAUGCACAUUUGCAUACCUGUCUAACAAAGUAAACAAAAUAGCCCGCCAAGUUAACUGUAGAAGAAUAAAAGGUGUUUACAUUUGAGCCCCUUUUAUUGUGGUGAUGUUGCCAAGGAAAAUAUG